AAGGAAGUCGAACCAACAUUAAAUGGGAUAUCACUAAACAUGCAACCGAGAGAAUUAUUAAUUGUUAUAGGUCCUGUUGGAUCAGGGAAGUCGUCUUUAUUAAUGUCCGUGUUGGGAGAGAUUCCAAUUACUUUCGGUGAAGUGUCCGUAAAAGGAAAGAUUUCGUAUGCUUCUCAAGAAGCUUGGGUGUUCAACGCAACUAUCAGAGAAAACAUCUUGUUUGGAGAAAAAUAUCAAGAAGAGAAAUAUAGAAAAAUCUUGCAUAUAACGGCUCUAGAAAAGGAUAUUAGCUUAUUUCCUAAAGGAGAUUUGACAAUCGUAGGAGAAAAAGGAGUUAUAAUGAGUGGUGGGCAGAAGGCAAGAAUUAAUUUAGCAAGAGCGCUAUAUGUGGAUGCCGAUAUUUUCCUCCUGGAUGAUCCACUGAGUGCUGUUGAUGUUCCAGUGGCAAAACAUAUCUUCGAAAAGUGUAUAAUGGAAUAUUUGAAAGACAAGAUAUGUAUUCUAGUUACGCAUCAAAUACAAUUUUUAAACUCUGCGUGUAGAAUUUUAGCGUUAAAGAAGGGGAAAUGUGAAUUUAUUGGAAAUUCUAAACAAUUGGAAAAUUUAGAAGCGCAUACAGGAAUAUUACCAAAGAAAGAAGUCUCUGAAAAUUAUAUUGAUUUAGAGAGUGCGGUAUUUAAUGAUGAUGAUGAUGAUGAUGAUAAAAUUGAAAGUUUUCAAUGUGAUAUGAAUGAUGAAAUUGAAGACAGAAACAAAAGUAAUGAGAAAGCCGAAGAUAACCAAACACCACGUGACAAUGAAGAGUUUAAGAAACCAGGAAUUUCAGUUUAUAAAUCAUACGUCAAUGCCGGAGCGGGACUUUUCUUCAAAAUUGUUAUUUUAUCCACGCUAAUUAUAUCGCAAUCCCUUACAUGUGCCAGCGACUAUUGGCUAAUCAAAUGGCUGCGAGAUAAAAGAAUCUAUAGCCACAGCAUUGAGAAUCUCGAAAAUAUUACAUCUAAUACAAGUAUUUUUCACAACAUUGAAGACGAAAAUUUUUAUCACAGUGAAGAAUUCAACAUGUAUGUUUACAUUGGAUUGAUAUGUGCCGUAUUUCUAACGAGUUUAGCUUCUGGAUUAUUGGUAUACAGAUUCUUUACAAUUGCUUCUUCCAAGCUGCACAACAAUAUGUUUCGUUGUAUCAUUCGAACUCCGAUAUCAUUUUUGGAUAACAGUCCCGUUGGGAAAAUUUUAAUUCGGUUUUCCAAAGAUGUUAAGUCCAUGGAUGAGUUGUUACCUUUCUUUACUUUCCUACUGAUAAGAGGAUGUUUUCUUAUUGCCGGCAUGUGUGUUCUUCAAGCGAUACUCUGUCCUUAUCUAUUUAUAUUGAUUGCUGUGCUUUUAGUAAUAUUCUGUGCUUUGUGGACCAUCUUUAGUCGAGUGUUGAAAAGUGUAAAACAUUUGGAAGGAAAAUUGAGAAGUCCAGUAUUUUCACAUCUGAGUGUAUCUCUUUACGGACUGACGACAAUUAGAGCAUUUAAAGCUGAAAGCAAAUUUAAAUCCAUGUUUAAUUAUUUGACAGUGAGAAGUCCAGUAUUUUCACAUCUGAGUGUAUCUCUUUACGGACUGACGACAAUUAGAGCAUUUAAAGCUGAAAGCAAAUUUAAAUCCAUGUUUAAUUCGUAUCAGGAUAAGCAUACUUCAACGUUGUUUAUUCACUUGUGUUUACUUCGAUGGCUUUUCGUAUACUGUCAAAUAAUUUCUUUCAUAAAUUUAAUUAUUACUGUUAUUAUUUUCAUUGUUUUAAAUAAUUCAGGUGACGCAGGAGGCAAAAUUGGACUUGCAUUAAAUUACGGAAUAAUAAUAACUACGAAUAUUCAAUACUUUAUUACAUUAGCAUCUGAAACGGACUUUCAGAUGAACUCGGUAAAGCGCAUUCUGAAAUAUAGCAAAUUGAAAUCGGAAGCUUCAUACGAAAGUUUGCCCGAAAAACGACCACCUUCGGACUGGCCCCAAACAGGAGUAUUUCAUUUCGAUAAUGUUUCUUUACAAUACUCCGAGGAUAAAAACAUCGUUUUAAAGAAUUUGACUUUUCGUAUUGGCUCUGGAGAAAAGAUAGGAAUUGUCGGGAGAACAGGAGCUGGAAAGAGUUCAAUAAUUGCUUCGUUAUUUCGCAUGACGGAGCCAACGGGAACAAUCACCAUCGAUGGAAUCGACACUAAGGAAAUCGGUCUUCGAGAUCUACGUAGUAAAAUAUCUAUCAUUCCUCAAGAUCCGAUGUUGUUUACCGGUCCUCUUCGAAGAAACAUCGAUCCCUUCAAUGAAUAUUCGGAAGAAACUCUGUGGAAAGUCAUGGAAGAGGUACAGUUAAAAGAAGUUAUUAGUAAAUUACCUGGAGGAUUGGAUACGCACUUAACGGAAGGAGGGAGAAAUUUCAGCGUGGGAGAAAGACAAUUAAUUUGUCUGGCCAGAACCAUUCUUCGCCACAAUAAAAUUCUCGUCAUGGACGAAGCAACGUCCAAUAUCGAUAAAAGGACCGAUUCCUGUCUACAGAAAAUAAUUCGAGAAAGAUUUAAAUCUUGUACUGUGUUGACAAUAGCCCACAGAUUAAACACAAUCAUCGAUUCGGAUAGAGUGCUGGUACUAGAUACAGGAAAACUACAAGAAUUUGACUCGCCGUAUGCAUUACUGAAGAACGUAAAUGGUAUAUUUUAUAACUUGGUAAAGAAGACGGGAGUAACUUCAAUGAAUGAAUUAUACAAAAUUGCCAAAGAGAAAUAUUACGCUAAAGAAAGGGUCGAACAAACAAAACUAUAAAACAGUGGAUUGUCUUUAAUGUAUAUCCAUCUUUUAUAGAUACGGUGUUGUGUGUUUUUUAACUCUGUUUUUAGAAAUAUUAAUUUAAGUUCUUAAACAUUAAGUUAGUAUUUCCGCACAUCAUGUUAAACAUAAAAUUAAUAAUAUGUAAACAUUUGUGAGUUAAACUGUGAUAAACAUUACUGACAGUAAUCAGAAAGUAUAGGAGAUAAUAUUUUAGCUAUAUUUACAAUGGUUAAUUUAAGAAAUGAAGUGACUUUUCAAGUAUUAAAGAAAAGUAAAUGACUUUAAUUUAAAUAAUUUAAUAGAAGUUUUGUUUAUGAAUUCUUUCAGGAAAUCUUAAUUGAAAAUUUAAUUCCAAUACUAAAUAUGUAUUCCAGCAAAAAUUUGCAUUACGGUAUUAAAUAAAAAUAAAAUUAGCAUAAAUUUUUCAGAA